AUGGGAGAAGAGGAGGCCGCGGAAGAGGCGACCGCUCCGGGUGAAUCCGUGGAUUUUUCGGCACUGACCGCUGCGGGUGUCAGUCGUGAGGAGCUUUCGACGGUGGUGUCCGUGCUCUCCCGUUUGCACGAGGCGGAGCAGGCAGGACUCCUGGAGCCCAAGGAGAAGUGCUUGAGACCACUGCGGAAGAUCUUGGCACGACACUUCCGCCACAGCUUUGGACAUUUGCCGCAGCAGGAUGAGCUCGAUGACAAGGAGCGCAAGAAGUUUGAGAAGCAGCAGAAGAGAGAGAGGAAGCAACGACAACUCGAUGCGGAUAAACGUUGGAAGGAGAAUGCUGAGCUUCGAGCAUCAAGACUUGCAAAGCUUAACCAGCUGGAGGAAGCUGAAGGCGAGGGCCAGGGAUGCUUGCGAAUUCCCGAUGGCCCAGCAGAAAGCGAAGGCCACGAAGGUUACAAAGCGAAUUAUGAGGAUGCUGAGAGGGCUGAGAGCGAAUAUCAUCGGCAACAAGCUUGUUACAUUUGCAAAGUGCGCUUUUCUCAACGACAUCACUUCUAUUCGCACCUAUGCCCGGCCUGUGCUUCUUUAAACUUUGAGAAGCGCCAUCGCACUGAAGACAUGACUGGUCGUGUUUGUUUUGUGACAGGUGCACGCGUGAAGAUUGGUUUUCAAGUCGCCCUGAAGUUUCUUCGGAUGGGAGCACGUGUGCUGAUCACGAGCCGUUUCCCACACGACGCCCGGCGUCGCUACUUGGGAGAAGCCGAUUCGGGUGCAUGGGUCAGCCGACUCACGGUGAUCGGCGCAGAUUUUCGUUUCUUGGGAGGAGUGGAAGCGAUGUGCCGAGAACUCUGCUUGCAGGAGACUUAUUUAGAUGUCAUCGUCAACAAUGCGGCCCAGACCAUCCGUAGACCUGCAGCAUACUAUGCUCACUUGAUGGAAGGUGAAGGUGCCCCCAAGCUCGCCAUGGCCGACUCAACACAGCUGACUCCCCAUGUUACAAAUGUGAUACACGCGACGGAUUUUCCUCAACAUGGUGAUGCUUCUUCCAGUGCGGCCCUUUCUCAGUUGACAGUGUUGAGUGAGGACCGCAUGAAAACCGAAGAGGUUGCCAUGCCUUUUGGGCAACGCGAUGUGCAUGGGCAACAGAUUGACUGCCGCAGCCGCAAUAGUUGGUUGUUAAAGCUUGGUGAGGUUGAAACACCGGAGGCUGCCGAGGUCUUUUGCAUCAAUACGUUGGCACCUUUCAUCAUCAACAGCGCGUUGAGACCUUUGCUGGACAGGUCGCCACAUCCAGACCGAUACAUUGUGAAUGUCUCGGCGAUGGAAGGGAAAUUCUAUAGAUACAAACAGCCCACCCACCCACAUACCAACAUGGCCAAGGCAGCUCUAAACAUGAUGACGCGCACAUGUGCAGAGGACCUCGCCGUCAGCGGUAUUUACAUGAAUAGUGUGGACACCGGUUGGAUCAAUGAUGAGAAUCCACUUUUUACUGCUCAACGUAUCGCCGAAGAUCAUAACUUCCAGACGCCCAUCGACGAGAUCGACGCGGCCGCGCGCAUCGUGGACCCCGUGUUGACUGGCCUCGAAGUGUUGAGAACGCAGCGAAAGCACGUGGAUGGAGGUCAUGACCCUCUUCCCCGUGCAAAGCGUGGGGCCAUGGCUGGAGGUGGUGAUGGUGAUUGUCCUCCUUAUGGAUGGUUUCUUAAAGAUUACAUGCAGACGGAGCUUAGGCAGCUCGAGCAGCUCGAGCAGCUUCCAGAGGACUUAGGGCCGGCGAGUGCAUUUUAUAUCGGCACGAUCAAAAUCGCCGAUCACGCCAAAAACUUUAGCAUGAUCCAGUGUCCUGAGACUGGGCUCUCUCAGGAUGUUUAUGUACACUGCUCAAUAGCGAGCCCCCAGGCCUUUGCCCUCGGAGACUUCGUUGCCUUCACAUUCAACAUGGGUGCUAAAGGACCGCAGGCGGAGAACAUUUUCAAGCUAGUUGGUUUCUUGCCUCCUGGAAAGCCACCGCACUUCCCGGAGAACCGAGGGAGCAUUUCGAGAAUUCUGCCGAAUGGAAACGGUUUCAUCCAGUGCCCAGAGAUCUCGACUGCUUAUGGUCGGGAUGCAUACAUCCAUGGCACUGUGGUGCAGCAGUGUGGCCUGAAUGUAGGGGACGUGAUUGCCUUUGAAAUCCAUGUGAACAAGGACGGCAAUCCACAGGCCUCGGCUCCUUGUUGGCAGCAAGUGGGCUUUGCCGGUGGCCAGGCAGCUGGCCAGGCCAGUGGCCAGGCUCCCAGCUGGGCUUUGCAAGCACAGCCGGCCGUCGCACCAACACCAGGGACAGGGAUGAUGCCAAUUGGAGGGCUCCCAAAGCUCACUCUUUCGAAGGGUGGAACUGUGCGAGCGGGCCCUCCUGGCCAAGCGAGCGUGGCCCCCGGCCCCAAAGGCGGAGGGGGAGGCUGCGGCAAAGGUGGGAAGGGAGCUGCAAAGGGGAGUGGAAAGAAAGGAAGUGGCAAGAAUUCCAUGCCUGCUGCUUGGCAGACCCCUGGCCAAAUUCGUGGCGGAGAUAGUUGGAAGGCCAAGGCAUCUCUCAACAAGAUAGACGAGAUUGAAAUCGACUGGGUGCCCGACGACUUCCAUGUCGGUCGCGUUUCUCUGGUAGAUCUGGAGAAAAAUGUUUCUAUGGUGAGAUGUCCAGUUUCAAAUUUGCCACGAGACGUCUAUGUGCAUCAAUCUGUGGCAGAGCCAAGUGCAUUGGCUCUGAACGAUGUCGCAUGCUUCAAGAUCCACAUGAACCGCAACGGCUUGCCGCAGGCUUCAGCCCCGCUUUGGAAGCGUGUGGGUGUGGAUGUCAGCGACAGCAAUGUCCGCUUCGGCGAAUUUCAAGGUUUAGUGAUGAGGCCCUCGGAAGAUGGCCCCUUCUCUGUGGAUUGUUCAGACGUGACACUGCUGCACGGCCGAGAUGCGACGAUGACAGAGGAGACAGUCAACUUGUCCGGGUUGGUCGAAGGCAACCUGAUUUGCUUUGAUGUGUCUGUGAAUCAAAAUGGUGACCCGGAGGUCUUACCUCCAUGUUGGAUUUGCUGCUCAUCUGAGAGAUGGGUCCGAGACCUUGUUGGCAGAGACCCGAUGGAGGAUGCAUUGCUGCUAGAAGGUGCAGACGAUGCGACACAAGAGCUUGCUGACGAUGUCUGA